AUGAUGUCCAUGAACAGCAAGCAGCCAGCUUUCGGCAUGCAUCAUACCCUACCUGAGCACAAGUACACUUCUCUGCACUCCAGCUCGGAAGCAAUAAGGAGAGCCUGUCUGCCAGCGCCGCCGCAACUGCAGAGCAAUAUCUUCGCCAGCUUGGAUGAAACUCUCCUGGCCCGCGCCGAGGCUCUGGCCGCCGUGGAUAUCGCCGUGUCCCAGGGCAAGAGCCACCCUUUCAAGCCGGAUGCCACUUACCACACCAUGAACAGCGUGCCAUGCACUUCUACCUCGACCGCGCCGCUGCCGCACCCGUCUGCUUUGUCCUCGCACCAUCACCACCACCAUCAUCACCACCACCAGCCCCACCAGACGCUGGACCCGGGAGAACUUCUCGACCACCUGAGCACCUCGUCGCUGAGCUUAGCCGGGGCCAUGGCCGGGGCCGGAGCCGGCAGCGGGGAAGGAGGGGUAGUGCCCACCUCGUCUCACUCUCACCCGGCGCACAUGCACGGCCUGGGUCACCUCAGUAGCCCGCACCCCCACCACCCGCACCACCACCCGCACCACCAGAGCGCUCUGAACAUGACCCCGCACCCCCACGGGCUGGCGGCUCACGGCGUGGCCCCAGGCAUGCCUGCCCUGAACGACGUAGACGCCGACCCGCGGGAGCUGGAAGCCUUCGCCGAGCGCUUCAAGCAGAGGCGGAUCAAGCUGGGCGUGACCCAGGCCGACGUGGGCUCAGCCCUGGCCAACCUGAAGAUCCCGGGCGUGGGCUCGCUCAGCCAAAGCACCAUCUGCAGGUUCGAGUCUCUGACCCUGUCCCACAACAACAUGAUCGCCCUCAAACCCAUCCUCCAAGCUUGGCUGGAGGAAGCGGAGGGCGCCCACCGCGAGAAACUCAGCAAGCCCGACCUCUUCAACGGCGGCGAGAAGAAGCGCAAAAGGACAUCGAUCGCCGCCCCGGAGAAGCGCUCCUUGGAGGCUUACUUCGCCGUGCAGCCUCGACCGUCCUCUGAAAAGAUCGCGGCCAUCGCCGAGAAACUGGAUCUGAAAAAGAACGUGGUGAGGGUAUGGUUUUGCAAUCAAAGACAGAAGCAGAAACGGAUGAAAUUUUCCGCCAACCACUAG